AUGGCGAGAGGGAGGAAGACGACGCGGGGGAAGCAGAAGAUCGAGAUCAAGAGGAUCGAGGACGAAGACGCUCGGUACAUCAGCUUCUCGAAGCGGAGGAACGGGAUCUAUGCCAAGUCCAGUGAUCUGGCCACGCUCUGCGGCGUGGAGGUGGCGGUGGUGGUCUUCUCCCCGACCGGCAGGCCGCACUCGUUCGGAAGCCCUUCGGUCAACUUGAUCAUCGACCGAUUCUUGUCCAGCGAUCCGUACAGGAUCGGCGGCCCGGCGCCUGAGCUGUACCAGAGAAAGCAGGUGGUGAAGGACCUGAACCAGAAGGUGAUGGAGGUGACGAGGGAACUGGACGAGACGAAGGCGGAGCGGGCGGUGCUGGAGCAGAGGCAUACGGAGGCAAUGCAGUGGUUCGAGUGGAUGGACAACCUCGCCGGCGUGGGGCUGGAGGAGAUGGAUAAAAUGAAGGAGAUGCUGGAGAACAUCAAGUCUCGGGCAGAGACUCGAGUGAGGGGGCACUUGAGCAUGGCGAGCGCAGUCAAUAGUGCCGGCGGCGCAAGCGGCAGUGGCAGCGGCGCCGGAGGAGGGAGUAUCUGGCCUGCGGCCAGAGCAGGAAGUAGCAGCGGCAUCUUCUCCACGCGCAUGCUCAAGGAGGAGGCAAAGGAGGAUAUGCGAACUCAUCUUCCAUCUUUGGAGGAGGAGUAG